AUGAAUAACUCGUCAGCCCAUUCCUCGCCGCACAAAGCCAGACCCGCGCCCUCCUCCUCUCUCCAUCCCAACCGCCCGCUGCGCUCUCAACCCCAUCAGCUUCCCCCAGACUCGUCUCCAUCCUUGGGCUCGUCGCCCGUCGUCCUCUCACCACGGCAGCCUUCGCGAUCCCCGUCGCCGUUCGUGUCUAUUACCUCCGGGGCAGUCCAUCGCCACCCUCCUCACGCCCAUCACGGCUCCGACGACAAUAAGCAGCUGAACGAAGGGAGGGACCCUCCGUCAGCGGCUGCGCCAGACAGUGACCUCGGCUUUGAGGAUUGGGAAUUGGGAAACGGCGACGACGAGCAUCAUCGCCGCAGCAGCAGGGACUCGAUCGCCGACGACGACGACGACGAAGACAUGCCUUCAGACCUGCGUCCCCCCUUCCACCGCCCUACCGACGGCCGUUCUCACCAACCCUUGCUUGGCAACAAGCGGGACGACCGCCGCAGUUAUGAUUCGCCUCCUCUCCGUCCGCAGAUGGGCGCCCGUCGCCGCACCUUCCACGAACGCGACCCUGAUCUCGAGGCUAAGACUGCGACCCGAAAGCGGUAUACGUAUGCUGCAGGCUUCCUGGUCUUGAGCUUAAUCAGCUUCGCCGUGCAGACGGAGACGGCGGUCUACAUCCAACACCACUUGGGCUGGAACAAAGCAUAUUCAAUGCUAUGGUUGACGCACGGUUCUUGGUCCCUGCUCUGGCCCACGCAACUCCUCAUUCUCCGCAUUCAGAAGUGGAACCAGCCCUGGCCGGCCUUCUGGCGCCGACAUGUGCAGAUUCUCCGCAGCACCGCGCAGAUGGUCGAGCACGGCACUCUGCGCCCCACCGGCCGUCAGACAUCAAAGUCCCCUGUUCCGUACAUGCUUAAGAUGACCGCCAUCGUAACGUGUGCGUUGACGGUUGCCGGCGGCAGCUGGUACGUGGCUGUGGACUUGACGACCGCAAGCGACUUGACGGCCAUCUACAAUUGCUCCGCCUUCUUUGCCUACGCUUUCAGUAUCCCGCUGCUGCACGAGAAAGUGCGCGCCUCGAAAAUUGUUGCUGUUGCCAUUGCCAUCGUAGGUGUGCUUGUCGUCGCCUACGGCGACGUCACUCCGGCAAAGCACGGUAACAAGUCGGGCGGUGGUGCCGGCGGUGGGAAGGCUCCUCAGCCUUCUGAAGCUAGCAACCGUGCUCUGGGCAACAUCAUCAUCGGUAUUGGCAGUGUCCUGUACGGCUUGUACGAGGUGCUCUACAAGAAGCUCGCCUGCCCCCCUGAUGGCUGCAGCCCUGGCCGAGGCAUGAUCUUUGCAAACACUUUUGGUAGCUUGAUCGGCUGCUUCACUCUGUUCAUUCUGUGGAUUCCCAUUCCAAUUUUGCAUUUCUCCGGCAUUGAGAAGUUCGCUUUGCCUACUGGUGAAGCUGCAUGGAUGCUAGCUAUCAGUGUGCUGGCCAACGCAACUUUCUCCGGCUCUUUCCUUGUCUUGAUCAGUCUGACAUCUCCCGUUUUGUCGUCCGUCGCCGCGCUCUUGACUAUUUUCAUCGUCGCCCUGAUCGACCAGCUCCUCCCGCCGCCGCUCAACUCGCCUCUCAGCUUCGCCGCUGUCAUCGGUGGCUGCCUGAUCAUUGGCGCUUUUCUCAUGCUCUCUUACGACACCUACAAGGAGAUGGAUGAGGAGAGGAGGAAGAAGCUCGAAGAGGACGUCAGCGAUUCGGAUGUCGACAGCAGGAUGGGCGACUAA